CAGCAACUGAUUUGAUCUGACUCAAAGACUUCUGGGUAAUGUGUACUGCAAUUUGUGUGUGCGAAGCGAGCAUCGUGUGCCGCUCGGACUGUUUACACCACAGGUCGCCGGUGUGUAGAGGCCAUAACGUCAGACAUCGGCAGACAGACCCACUGAGCUGCAGGUCUCCGCCAUGCAGGAGGACCUCCGCACCGUGAUGUCCUGGUUCUCCAGCCCGGUGUACAGCCGCUACUGGCAGCACUACCAGCAGGCCACGGCCUGGCACCAGCGGCACAGGCGUGCCUAUCAGAAGGCCCUGGAGGCCGCCCGCGGCCCCGGCGGCCGCCAGGAGCCGCGUCCCAGCCGAGCCCAGCGCUAUGCGGACUGGCACUGCAGAGAGAGCGACAGUGGGGACGGGGAGGACGGCGACCAGGAGAGCAGCUCCGACAGCGACAUCGAGUGCGACGUCAGCAACAUGGAGAUCAGCGAAGAGCUUCGGCAGUACUUUGCCCAGACUGAGAGGCACAGAGAGGAGCUGAAGAAGCAGCAGCAGAUGGAGGCUGAGCAGCAGGACAGCUACGUGCCAGCCGACCAGGACCUGCAUGGCGUCUCCUGGAGGAGCACUGCGGCGCCUCCCUCCGAGCGGCCUGGUGAGAGACGCGGGGCUGAGAUGAAGAAGCUUUAUGGCAAGGAUGCAGCCAAGAUCCUGGGCAUGGAGGCGGCGAUGCAGCUCACGUUUGAUAGAAACUGUGACCUCAGGCAGCCCAAAUACUGGCCUGUCAUCCCACUGAAGCUCUAACGGCCGUGGGCAGGGCUGUCAGUUGUUGGAUUUGGUGGAGAUCCCUGCCCCGAUCUCUGGGUGAGACGGCAGCUUUGUCGUGUAAUGGACUGUGGCUGACGAAGCCGCUGAUGCAGAACUAAUGGUUUGGGUUAGCUCAGGGUUACAAGUUAUUUUAAGCACAAAAAAAGUCACCUAAAUUAGCAGAGCUUCUGCUUCACCAGACGCGGAUGUCACUGACCUGUCAGCUGCUGCUCCAAAUCACAACUUAUGGUUGUGAUAAUACAUGUGAUGCUAAAGGUUUUUGUUCACUGUUUGCCAGUCAUCUGAUUAUUAUGUCAAACCCUCAGAGUAUAAACACUAAACAGCACGUCCUUUAAAUCAUCCUGCAGGUGAUGGAAAGAUAUUGUUCUAGUGUUUCCUUGGUGUUUCAUGCUGCAGGAGGAUUUUUCAUUAACAUAGUUUGACAAAAAACUAUUUCCAUACGCUAUUCGCAUGUAGACAUGUUCGUCCAUCCUAACCCAAUUUUCACAAGUGAUUUGUCACUAUAGUGUCUAAUUUUAUUAGGUGUAAAGGUUUUUUUUUUUUUUCUUUAACUUUUGCUCGCUCCAACUCUUGCCUGUGGCACUUUUUAAUAUAAAUUGUCUUUCAAUAAAUUGUUUUAUACCUGAA